GGUGGGGACCAAGGCAGACCAGACGCUGCGAGACUCCGAUACAAAAACCCGCCCCCGAGAGCGGCCGCAGCCCCCGGGAGGGGGGAGGGCGAGGGGAGGGGAGGGGGCUCCGGACGCUCCCGCCCCGCCCCGCCCCGCCAGCGGCCGAGCCGCCGGCGGACAGUGGGUUAAGCAUCUCCGCUGUGGAACUUCCGGAUGUGACCACAGAGAGAGGGAGAGACCGGGAGAGGGGGAGAGGGGGAGAGACGGAGCCGCCAGCAUCCCUCCGGCCCGCCACCGCCGGGACCCCGCACCGCGCGGGGAGCCGCCGCCCGCCGCCCGCCCCCCGGGCCGGGCCCCCUCGCGCCCCCCUCUCCCCCGCCUCUCGGUCUGUGGAUCUCGGGCUGGUUCCAUCCUCCCAGGACCCGGGGGAGGGACUGGGGGCCCCGGGGAGGGGGCCUCGGGCGGCCCUCCCCCGCCUUCUCGCCCCUGCCCUCGCUGGCAGGAGCCCCUAGCUGUGACCCCCGCGGGGGCAGGAGGCUGGGGGUCCAUGCUCGGAGCCUCCGCUCGGCCCGGCGCCUGCCGCUGACGGCGGUGGGGGUGGGGGGGCCGGGCACCCAGCCUCCUGCCCCACCCCCUGGCGUCGGCACCGCGGGCCAUCUGGGGCCGCUGCCCCUGGCUGCGCCCUCCCCGCCGGCCAGGCCCUGGAGGGACCCGGGAGCUGCCGCCGGCAUCAGCCCAUGGCCCGGAGGCUGGCAGUUACCGGCCAGCCAAUCCCUGACCCCCCAACCCUGACCCUCAGAUCCAAGACCUGGGUCAGUCUCUGUCCCCUGGACCCUCCUGCCCACACGCUGGGAAUCUCUGACGGGACAUUUUUCACAGUCCACGGGUCCAAGGGAAGGCUUGAGGACAGGGCCUUCAGUCCCACCCAGACAGCUCCAUGGGACAUCGGGGGCCUAAGGGAGCAAGGCUGGGACACUUGGGGACAGUAGGGCAGUACGAUGAGCUGCCCCACUACCCCGGCAUCGUGGACAGCACUGCAGCCCUGGCUGGCUUCUCGGAGGCAGUGCCCUCGGCACCGAGAGCCCCCGGGCCCUACGGCCCCCACCGGCCUCCCCAGCCCCCGCCCCUGGGCUUGGAUAGUGAUGGCCUGAGGAGGGAGAAGGAUGAGAUCUACGGACACCCACUCUUCCCGCUGCUGGCCCUGGUCUUUGAGAAAUGUGAACUGGCCACGUGUUCUCCCCGUGAUGGGGCUGGGACUGGGCUGGGCACACCCCCAGGCAGUGACGUUUGCUCCUCCGAUUCCUUCAACGAGGACAUUGCAGCCUUUGCCAAGCAGGUCCGCUCCGAGAGGCCUCUCUUCUCCUCCAACCCGGAGCUGGACAAUCUGAUGAUACAGGCCAUUCAAGUGCUCCGCUUCCACCUGCUGGAGCUGGAGAAGGUCCACGACCUGUGCGACAACUUCUGUCACCGCUACAUCACCUGCCUCAAGGGAAAGAUGCCCAUCGACCUGGUCAUCGAGGAUCGGGAUGGCGGCUGCAGGGAGGAUCUCGACGACUACCCGGCCUCCUGCCCGAGCCUCCCAGAUCAGAAUACUACAUGGAUUAGAGACCAUGAAGACAGCGGGUCUGUACAUUUGGGGACCUCGGGUCCAUCCAGUGGGGGCCUGGCCUCCCAGAGUGGUGACAACUCCAGUGACCAAGCACAGCGUGCCUCUCCCUGCUCAGGAGAUGGGCUAGACACAAACGUGGCCUCUCCCAGUUCUGGGGGAGAGGACGAGGAGCUGGACCAGGAGCCGCGGCAGAACAAGAAGAGAGGCAUCUUCCCCAAGGUGGCCACCAACAUCAUGAGAGCCUGGUUGUUCCAGCACCUCUCGCACCCGUACCCCUCAGAAGAGCAGAAGAAGCAGCUGUCGCAAGACACGGGGCUCACCAUCCUGCAAGUCAACAACUGGUUCAUUAACGCCCGGAGACGCAUCGUGCAACCAAUGAUCGAUCAAUCCAACCGCACAGCAGGGCAGGGUGCAGCCUUCAGCCCAGAGGGCCAGCCCAUGGCGGGCUACACGGAGACUCAGCCGCAAGUGACUGUCAGGCCCCCAGGAUCAAUGGGGAUGAGUUUGAACUUAGAAGGAGAGUGGCAUUAUUUAUAGAGGCUGGAGUCAGGAGAAAUACCCCCACCUCUGGACUGUGGCUGCCAGGCUCAUACCUGCUUCUGGUCGACGCCUGGCCCUCUGGCUCCAACACCCCACCUCCUACAGCCCCCCAACUCAAUGCCUACCUCCCUGGGGCCCUGCCGGGACAUGAGGGGCCUGAGCGCCCACUCGAGGGUCUCUCAAGGACAAAGACAAGGCCUCCAGGCCCUGUGCCCCACUUCUGCCCUCACCUCUGCCUGGAACCCGAGCGGAGAUCCUGGGCCUGGGUGUUCAGAAGAUGGUGGCUGGGUACCCCCCCCACCCCUAGGACAGAGAAGGGAUUGGGGGUGGGCUGGGGCCAUCAGGGAAGGAGGGUCACCCAGAUCCGACAUUUAGAGAGGUUCCCUUCAUCCUCCCAGCCCACCCUCUUUCCCCCUCCCACACCUCCCUCUUGUGUUGUCUUCUACCUUUUUUUUUUAAGCAUAAAGUCUUAAAAACAAAAGGC